GGCUGUAUGCGGAUAUUGUAAGCAUGUCGAAAGUGAACGGACUUGUGUGGAGAGUCCCUCGCCGUCUCCGCAAGUGUGUACACGGGUACGCAUGAGGACCCGCUUGCAACCCUCCGGUCCUUUGUUGCCCUGCUCGAAGAUGAGUUAAAUUGAACUACAGAGUUGGCCAGGGACUGGAGGCUGUGUCACACACACACUCCUGAGGCCUUUCCCUCAAAGAACGCCAACACCUCUAUCCUCACCCAACAUGGCCGCCCCAGGACCCCUUCCUCUCAUGCACAGCGACGUUCAGGAACACUCAGACGUGUUACCAUGGUGAUCCUCUACUCCAAAACACUGGAAAUAAAGAAGGGCGUGGACAAUCAUGAGCCCAGCACCAUGAGCAAAGGGACCGCACUCUUCUCCUGCAGCUCAGUGGAGGGAGAGCGUUGGCUGGCCCUGGCAGGCGGCUGUGUCCAGCCUGAGAGUGUCCACCAGGAGGGAGGAUUAUGGGAGGCUCUGCCCGCUCCCCCCCAGCCUGCAGUCCGCACGGCCGCCAGCGCGCUCACACACCUCAUCCAGGACCUGAGCCUGGACGAGGCCCGUGCCUCGGGCCUCCCACACAUACACACACACGGCCACACACACAGCAACGCGGCAGCGCCGCCCUCCAAGCGCCAAUGCCGCUCGCUGUCCUCCGAUGAGCUGAUGUGGGGGAGUGGAGUGGGACCGGGCAGCCGCUCAUCCUUCUCGUUGUCGUCGUCGUCUCCGUGGCGACCGCAGGGCUCGCGUGUCUGGUCGUGGGUGGAGAAGCGGCGCUGGCACAGCGGGCCGCCCAUGCAGCGGAGCUCUAGCGUCAGCCUGCCCUCGCGCGCACACACACACGCACACACACACACACACCACCACCACCACUCCCACGGCCGCUCUGCCACACUCCCACUGGACCUGCAGCCCAUGGCCACCACGCCGCUGCUGCUGCCGCUCUGCCACACGGACGCGGACGCUGCCGGCGCCGGACCGCAGCUGGGGACCGAGGCCAGGGCCGAAAGGGGUCAGGGGCCGUUGCCACGGAGCCGCUCGCAGCCCUGCGUGCUGAGCGAGAAGAAGGUGGCGGGGAUGAAGAGGAGGCGAGCGGACGAGCACAGCAGCCAGGAGGCCAGACCCUCACUGGACCUGGCCAAAAUGACCCAGAAACAGCACUUCCACAGUUUGAGCUGCCCGAGGUUCUCAUUCUUUGAGACUUGUCACUCACCUGUUGACCCGCCCCCUUCCAUCAUUCCCAGUCACUCAGAGACCACGCGCACCUGCCCGUCUGGCUUAGGGGCUGGAUUUGGGCGGGGCUUGCACCAGAGAGGCGGUGAUGGGGAUGGGGAUUCGUCCAAUGAGGAAGAAGACACCGACUCGGCCUGUAGCGUGGGCUCAAGGUGUGACACCCCUAACAGGGGCGAGGAAGAGGAGGAUGAGGAAGAAGAUGAGGAGCAUGGAACAUUCUGGAAAGGCAGCAGCAGGGCGGAGGAGAAAGACGCAUUGUGUGAGUUGGAUGGAGAGCUGGAUAUCGAACAGAUUGAGAGGAACUGAGCAUGUUGAUCUUUAAGAAAGUAACAAAACAAAAAAAACAAAAAAAACUUGGGAUGGAUACAGCAAGUCGUACUGCUCUGGUGGCGGACUUUGGAAUGUGAGAAUGCAAACCUGGAAUGCUCUGUGGACUGGACUUCCAAUUCUAUCUCCUCCUCUGUUCUGUUGUGACUGUGUCUUUUCUUACGGAGAGCUUCUGGCUCCUGAAAGAAUGAUGGAUAAAGGAAUAAUAAAAUGUUUCCUUCCUGGAAUUCUCGUUUCCAUUCAUCCUCAUGUUCUUCUCUAUCCAUCCAUCUUUUUCUGAAAAUCUGAUUUUAGAACUUAUGCAUACAAAUAACAAGACAGUUGGACUGAUUCUCCCUGAGUAUUGGGGUUUCAUGAAGACCUGGAUGGGAGCGGGGAACUGUGUGGACUGAAGUGAAUGCUAGUUGUUUAUUUAGUAAGGUUCUUAUUUAAAUGAACCGCUCUGAUUGCUACCUUGUCUUUGAGGUCGUUGGGACUGAUGGCAAAACCUUCACAAACUAUCUGUUAAUCAAAAGGUUCCUCUGGAUUGUGUUGGUGUAUAAUUCAGUUGUGUGUGUGUGUGUGUGUGUGUGUGUGUGUGUGUGUGUGUUUGUAAAUCCACACAAAUGAAAGUGCUGUUCAUUUUGGUCUUGUUUGCAAGCAGCUCUACAAACUGAAGCCUACUGCUUGAGAAUGUAAGCACUAGUCCCUUGUCUGUUUUUCCCCAUGGAUGUUGACUUGUAUCCAGGCCAGUGGAAAGUUACCGCAGAGGUUAAAAGUUUGCCUGUCUUAUGGAGCAAUGUACAGAUGUAAGCAGGACGUUAGCAAGAUGGUGACACAAAACCCUGAGACGCAUAGAUCUGCAUAAGUGUUAAAACUAAAUGAAAAGCUUGGAAUCUGCUGGGUUUGUGUGUGUAAUAGUUGAAUGGGAAUAUUGAAGUUCUUCUUCUUGUCUUAAUACUUCAUAUGAAUCACCUUCAUUCACAAGAUGUAUGGCUGAAAUUCAAGAUGGCUUCCAGCAUCAGUUUUAGCAACAGAAGUCUCUGUUCAAAGCUUUUCACUUCAUUUACAUUUACAAAACGGUGUGAACAGCAUAUUUUUGUUUUCUUGAAUGGUAAGCAAACAAAAACAAACAAAACAAACAAACAAACAAAAAACAAACCUCACAAAUGAACACUGAAUCUCAGCAUUGAAGUGCCUCAUAAUAGUGACGUAUAUUUUUCUAAUUCUGACUAUUUUGUAAUCUUUCUCAUGUUUGCUUUAGCAGACUAAGCUACGAAGCAGAGACUGUUGUCCUUCUCCCUCUGUAAGGGAACUAGAUGGAAAAAUAAAAGAGAGAAAAAGUUCAA